AUGCACCAUGGCGUGGAAUGCCAGCGUUGAUCCGCGCCUAGCGUUAUGAAUCUGAGCCCUUCCCCAGUUCCUCUCCUUUAAUACAAAAUUCAAGAACAACCCACAAAAUUUUUCCCCAAAAAAAAAGGUCCAGAGAAAGUAACAUUUUUUCUAGCAAUCCACUUUUCUCAAUUUUCAAACCCAGAAAAAAUCAUCACUUACUCUAUAACUCAACUCCCAUAAACACUCUCUCCUCCUUCUCCUUUAUUUUCAUGUCUUUUUAAUUUAUGCCUUUUUAAUUUUAAGCCAUGAGUCUUUUCGGCCUCGGCAGAAACCAGAGAACAUUUCGGCCCAAGAAGAGUGCACCUUCUGGGAGUAAGGGGGCCCAGCUGAGACAGCUUAUUGAUGCGACCCUAGGCAGUGGAAAUCUAAGGGAAGCUGUGAGACUUCCGCCAGGGGAAGAUCUGAAUGAAUGGCUUGCUGUGAACACUGUUGAUUUCUUCAAUCAGGUGAACCUGCUCUAUGGUACUCUCACAGAAUUCUGUACGCCAGAGAGCUGUCCUACCAUGACUGCAGGACCCAAGUACGAGUAUAGGUGGGCUGAUGGUGUUCAGAUCAAGAAACCUAUUGAGGUUUCUGCACCAAAAUAUGUUGAGUACUUGAUGGACUGGGUUGAAUCCCAACUAGAUGAUGAAUCCAUCUUCCCCCAGAAAAUUGGGACACCUUUUCCUUCAAACUUUAGGGAUGUUGUCAAAACAAUCUUCAAGCGGCUGUUUAGGGUGUAUGCUCAUAUUUAUCACUCGCACUUCCAGAAGAUAGUAAGUCUCAAGGAGGAGGCUCAUUUGAAUACUUGUUUCAAGCAUUUCAUACUAUUCACCUUUGAAUUUGGGUUGAUUGACAAGAAGGAGCUGGCUCCGCUUCAGGAACUUAUAGAAUCUAUUGUUCCUUACUGAAAUAACACCUUUUUAUCACAUAUCGUGGAUUUGAUGGUUUAGUCACAACUCACACAGUUGAAUCAAAUAAAGGAUUCAUAGGAACUGGUCGCAGUAAUUAGACACCGUGUGUCUCCUUUGUCCUUGUCACUAAGUUUUAUCAUUUGUAUAUGCUUCAGUUUCCAUAUAUAAAUGUGUGACCUCAUAUAAUAUGAGUUAACUGU